CAGCUGGAGGCCGGAAGCGGAAGUGCAGCCUACAGCCGGCGCAUAGAGAAACCUUCCCUGCGCGGCUCUAAGCCUAGGAGAGUAGGGCUCUCCCCAUUCCUCUGCUAUGUCCCAGGAGAGGUUUCCAGACGCGCCCAAAAGGAGCUGUGAAAAAUCCACCAGCGUGGAAGCAAAGCUUGCAACCAAUCCGUGCAAAACCCCCAUUCAGCAGCUGCAUGAAUUUGGAACAAAGACUGGUAACCCUCCCGUGUACACCUUAAUAAAAGCAGAAGGAGAAGUACAUAACCCUAGUUUCACUUUUCGGUUGGUUAUUGGUGAUAUAGUUAGCUCAGGAGAGGGACCAAGCAAGAAAGCCGCAAAACAAAAAGCCGCUGAAUCAGCACUGAACAUAUUACAAGGAAGCACUGGCAAAUGCCUGCCUGUAAAGAAUACUGUAAGGGAUGUGCCCAAGCAACCACUGAAUCAGAUGAAGGAGAAUCCUGUUGGCUCACUACAGGAGUUAUCUGUGCAGAAAGGAUGGCGCCUUCCAGAAUAUACAGUGGCUCAAGAGUCCGGUCCCCCUCAUGAAAGAGAGUUCACUAUAACUUGCCGUGUGGAAACCUUUGUAGAAACUGGAUCUGGAACCUCUAAAAAAGUAGCCAAGAGGGUUGCUGCAGAUAAACUUCUUACCAAACUUAAGGCCAUUCCAGUUGAUAAUAUGAAUAUAUCUCUAAACAAGGUGAUUGGAAAUAACCUUAGUUGCACUUGGGACAGCAUGAGGAAUUCAUCCGGGGAGAAGAUAUGCAUGCUGAAAAGAAGCCCUCUGAGUAUUCCCUAUACUGAUUAUGUGAAAAUGCUCAAUGAUCUAGCAAAAGAACAAGACUUCCGCCUCACCUAUCUCGAUAUAGAUGAGCUGAGUGUUAACGGACAGUACCAGUGUCUUGCCGAGCUGUCCACAAAUCCCAUAACAGUGUGUCAUGGAACAGGGGUCACUUGUGGGAAUGCACACAAUGAUGCUGCACACAAUGCACUGCAAUAUUUAAAGAUAAUGUCUCUCAGAAAGUGACAUCCCACGAGACUCCCAGCAAAACCCUCUUCUGGUAUCAUUUUCUCCCCCCCCCAAUAACAAACAGUAAGUAAUGUUACACAGAAAUGGUUUCUGGGGACAUGAUUUAAGUGACAGAGCAAUGAAUUACUGCCUCUUUUACCUUGGGCUAGAGCCUCUGUGCUUCUUAUCUGCUAUGGAAUUGAUUUGUUCUCUUGUUUUUGUUUCAUACUUCGUUGAAAAUUAAUCCCCUAUUUAAAAUGUAUGAAUUUCACUGAAGGAAUGCUUUGCAGAAGGCAUCCUAUUAAAAAGCUUUAAAACAUGGGGGGCAUUUUUUUUUUUUUUAUAAUUGUGAUUUUUUUUUUUUAAGUGGAUUUUAAAAAAAGAUAACCAAAAAAAAUGUAUUUAGUCAUUGUUUAAUAAAUUGUUUUUGAAGAGA